CUGCCGCUUCCGCUUCCGGGGCGUACGGCGGCCGCAGCCCUGGUGGGGAAGGUGACCGGUGGCCGCCAUGGGCGUUCAAUUCGGUAACCUGGCCCGGGUCCGCCAUGUCAUCACCUACAGCCUUUCGCCCUUCGAGCAGCGCGCCUUCCCCAACGUCGUCUCGCAGGGGCUGCCCAACGUCUGGCGGCGCUUCAGUUCCCAGGUCUUCAAGGUGGCGCCCCCCUUUGUGGUAGCCUAUCUCGUUUACUCCUGGGGAAUGCAAGAGUUUGAGCGACUGAAGAGGAAGAACCCCGCCGACUAUGAGAACGACCAGUAAUCGAGUUAACGAGGAGAUUGUUACCUGACUGCACUAUCGACUUUGUCUCGCUAUGUUCACAUGACUAGAAGCGUAUUAAAAGGGAGAUAAGGUCUGUCUAAUAAACUUUAACUUUGCCCCAUGA